AUGGCAAAGCAAGAAGCCAAGCAGCAAAAGACUCCCUCCAUCACCACCACACCUUCCAAAUCCCAAUCUUGGGAAAUCUCCAGUCUCCACCAGCUCCGCCCGUUGACUCACAAAGCUUUAAUAGUGGUGAACAGAUUGGUAGGGACAGCAUCAAAGGAUAUGCUUGCUGGUGGGACCGAUACGACAUCUGCAACACUGGAGUGGGCGAUGACAGAGCUGUUGAGGCACCCCGCGGUAUUGAAGAAGUUGCAAAUGGAAGUGAGGGGGAAAGAUGAUGAGGAUUUGGGGGGAAUGCGGUAUCUGAAGGCCGUGGUGAAGGAGACUCUGCGUCUCCACCCACCGUUGCCAUUGCUGGCAAGGGUGGCACGCGGGGAUGUUGAGGUUAUGGGGUAUGAUGUGGAAUGUGGGACGAUGGUUCUACUCAAUCCGUGGGCGAUUGGGAGGGAUUUAGCCUCUUGGGACGAGCCAGAGAUGUUUCGUCCUGAGAGGUUCUCGGACUCUUGUGUGGAUUUCAAGGGUUCGGAUCUCGAGUUGAUACCGUUUGGGGCGGGUGCCCGGGGAUGA